AUGUUUACCCGACUGUUGACGUACGGCUUGAUGGCCGCAUGCACUCUCCAUGGAGUCUUCGCCUCUCAAGAACUUCCGAUUCUCGAUUUGCCUUAUGGAAGGUGGCGAGCAGCUCAGUACGAUGAAGCCGCAGAUGUCUACACAUUCCGCAACAUUCGCUAUGCGGUUCCACCUACCGGUCCAUUGCGUUGGGCAAGGCCAGUAAGACCAAGGGUUCGAGAGCCUGAUAUCCAGGACGGUUCUUACGGCCCACCCUGCAUUCCUGGGCCCGAUGCCCCUGGGUUUGAGACCCCGUGGUACGGGGAACAGCAAAAGAUUUCUCGUGAAGAUUGCCUAUUUCUUGACGCCUAUGUUCCUGGGAAAGUACUGAGGAACCGUGAGCAUGAAAAGCUACCUGUCAUUGUUUGGAUAUAUGGUGGAGGCUACUCGAUCGGCUCCAAAGAUCAAACAAUUGAAGAAGGAAUCUAUGACGGUACUAGCCUUGUACAGCAUGCUGCUGGAAAUGCCAUUGUCAUCACCUUCAAUUACCGACUGAGUGUAUUCGGCUGGUUAGCUGGAACCACGAUGGAAAAUGAAGGAUUACCAAAUGCCGGUCUGCACGACCAGCGUGCCGUUUUUGAAUGGGUUAGGGACUAUGUCCAUCUACUAGGCGGAAACAGGGACAAAGUCAGCGCCUGGGGAGAGUCUGCAGGCGGGGGCUCUAUACUAAGCCAUAUUACCGCCAACCAGGGCAUCGUUGACCCUCUCUUUCAACGUGCCGUUGUCUUGAGCCCCGGCCUUAGCUUCCCUAUCGACCGCAAAGGAAUGGUCGAGGAUCAGUUCCAGAACUUCUCUUCACGAGCGGGCUGUGCUGGGCAAGGGCUGUCGUGCCUGCGAGCAGCCAAUGUUUCGCAAUUGAUUCAGGCUAGCUAUAAGGGUCUAGGCUCGGUAGGGCCAGCGCCAGACGGACGUGUGCUUAAGCAUGUAUUCUCAGUGGACAUAGCUAGAGGAAAUUACUGGAGACAUCUUGACUCGCUCAUUAUCUCCCAUGUUUAUAAUGAGGGUGGCCCCUUUGUGACCAAUUAUAAGACUCUAGAGUCCCUUUCUGAUCUACUUAAGUCACUUUUCCCAACGUACGCUACCAAAGCGAUCUCUACUCUUGAGGACUACUACCACCUGAAGAACGCGUCCAAUGAAUCCGUGACUACUAUUGGCUCAAAAAUGGUCCGUGACGCUAUAUUCACUUGCAACAUACGUGAUAUAGUCCGGAAAUAUCCAAAGAAGUCUUAUCUCAUGCAGUACUCUCCCAAAGCAGCGACCCAUGGCCAAGAUGUUGUGGCCGUCUGGUAUUCCCCUAAGCUAUGGAACGUUUCUAUCCCUCUAUUUAGCGGGUACCAGUCCUACCUUCUCAGUCAUGCUAUCACUGGCAACCCUAACUCCCUGCGAGAUCGUGAUAUCGAUCCACCAACCAUUCCCUGGCCGAAAGUUGGUGACACUAAUGCCGAGAAGCUUGAGAACACCUUAGACGUGGUGGACACAGGAUAUCGCCUCAUAGCUGAUGAUCAAGUCUUGAAGAGCACCUGUGAUGUCUGGCAAAGGGUCCUUCUAGACGUUACCAAACAAGGGGGCUAUCUAGAGGCUUGA